CGAUUGAGACUGUGUGUAGGGAGUCAGCAACUAAGAGGUGCGCUGAUGGGAGAGGUCUAUCUUUCUCUUUAAAGCUCUCAGUUUUUCUCCCCCCAAGAGCCUGCCUUUCCUCAGUGUCUGGUUUCUUUAACCCCCUCCCCACCUCACGUCUCUGUAUUUCCUUAGAGGACCAUGUUGGACCCGUCCUCCAGCGAGGAGGAGUCGGACGGUGUGCUAGAAGGUGAUGCCGCUAAGGAGCCUCCGCUGAGCGGCGGGGGGAGCGGCGGCAGCAGCAGCGCUAGCGCCCGCUCGCUGCCGGCCACCCGGGGCAGCGAAGGACGAGGGUCGGGCAGCGCUCGCUCGGUCAGCCCGAGCCCGUCACUGGUCAGCGAGAAGGAGAGGGAAGAGCAGGAGAGGAUCCAGCGGGAGGAGGAGGACUCGCAGAAGAGGAAGGCGCUGCAGCUCUACGUGUUCCUCUUGCGGUGCAUCGCCUACCCCUUUAACGCCAAGCAACCCACUGACAUGGCCAGGAGGCAGCAGAAGUUGAACAAGCAACAGCUCCAGACAGUUAAAGACCGAUUUCAGGCCUUCUUGAAUGGUGAAACACCGAUUAUUGCAGAUGAAGCAUUUUGGAAUGCAAUUCAAAGCUACUACGAGAGUUUUCUCAAAAGUGAUCGUGUAGCCAGGAUGGUUCACAGCGGAGGGUGUUCUGCAAAUGACUUUCGAGAUGUCUUCAAAAAGAACAUUGAAAAGCGAGUGCGCAGUUUGCCCGAGAUCGAUGGCCUCAGCAAGGAGACGGUGCUCAGUUCCUGGAUGGCCAAGUUUGAUGCUAUUUACAGAGGCGAGGAAGAUCUGCGCAGUAAGCCAACACGGAUGGCCAUGAGUGCAGUGUCAGAGCUCAUUCUUAGCAAGGAGCAGUUGUAUGAAAUGUUCCAGCAGAUCCUUGGGAUUAAGAAAAUUGAACAUCAAUUGCUUUAUAAUGCUUGCCAGCUGGACAAUGCUGAUGAACAAGCAGCUCAGAUUCGACGGGAACUUGAUGGGAGACUGCAGAUGGCCGAACAGUUAGCCAAAGAGCGAAAGUUUCUGAAGUUUGUCCAGAAGGAUAUGGAGAAUAUGUACAUUGAAGAGCUGAAAUCUUCUGUUAACCUGCUCAUGGCCAAUUUGGAAAGUCUGCCAGUGGCAAAGGGAGGACCAGAGUUUAAACUGCAGAAGCUGAAACGGUCCCAGAAUUCCUCCUUUUUGGACAUUGGCGAUGAAAACGAGAUCCAGCUCUCAAAAUCCGACGUCGUCCUGUCAUUCACGCUGGAGAUUGUUAUAAUGGAAGUCCAGGGGUUGAAAUCAGUGGCCCCCAAUCGUAUUGUGUAUUGCACAAUGGAAGUGGAAGGUGGAGAAAAACUUCAGACUGACCAAGCAGAAGCCUCAAGGCCACAGUGGGGCACUCAGGGAGAUUUUACCACCACACAUCCUCGACCAAUUGUGAAGAUUAAAUUCUUCACAGAGAGCACAGGAGUUCUUGCCCUGGAAGAUAAAGAAUUGGGGAAGGUAAUUCUCUAUCCAACUCCAAAUAGUCCGAAGACACCAGAAUGGCACAAGAUGAUUAUUCCCAAAAAUAGCCAAGAUUCAGAUUUAAAAAUAAGACUAGCUGUGAGGAUGGAUAAGCCUCCCAACAUGAAGCACUGUGGAUACCUGUAUGCACUUGGGCAGAAGGUUUGGAAGAGAUGGAAGAAGCGCUAUUUCGUCCUGGUUCAGGUUAGCCAAUACACAUUUGCUAUGUGUAGUUACAGAGAAAAGAAAUCUGAACCUCAGGAAUUAAUGCAACUGGAAGGAUACACAGUGGACUACACAGAGCACCAGCCAGGUCUGGAUGGUGGCCGGGCAUUCUUCAACGCAGUUAAAGAAGGUGACACAGUUGUGUUUGCAAGUGAUGACGAACAAGAUCGAGUGUUGUGGGUUCAAGCUAUGUACAGAGCUACAGGCCAAUCCUACAAACCUGUCCCUCCAUCUCAGGUCCAGAAGCUGAAUGCCAAGGGAGGAAGUGCACAGCUACCAGAUGUGCCUAUCUCUCAAUUCUAUGCAGACCGAGCUCAGAAGCAUGGAAUGGAUGAAUUCAUCUCUGCUGAUCCCUGCAAGUUUGAUCAUUCCGCCCUGUUCGAAAUGCUGCAGAGAAAAACGUUAGAGCACAGGCUGAAUGAUUCAUAUUCCUGUCUGGGUUGGUUUAGUCCUGGCCAAGUUUUUGUUCUGGAUGAAUACUGUUCUCGUUAUGGUCUGCGAGGAUGUCAUCGGCAUCUCUGCUAUCUCAAGGAGCUGAUAGAACGUGCAGAAGGUGGCACAAUGAUUGAUCCAACUCUGCUGCAUUACAGCUUUGCUUUCUGUGCCUCUCACGUCCACGGCAACAGGCCAGAUGGAAUUGGAACUGUAACAGUUGAAGAGAAAGAAAGGUUUGAUGAAAUUAAAGAAAGACUUCUGUGCCUCCUUGAAAACCAGAUCACCCACUUCAGGUAUUGUUUUCCAUUUGGACGACCAGAAGGUGCACUAAAAGCCACACUUUCUUUGCUUGAAAGGGUUCUGAUGAAAGACAUAGCCACUCCUGUGCCACCUGAAGAUGUCAAGAAAGUAGUACGAAAAUGCCUAGAGAAGGCUGCUUUGAUCAAUUACUCUCACCUAUCAGAGUAUGCCAAAAUCGAAGAGACCUUGAGCCAAAAAGCUCCUGCCAGAAGAUUGGAAGAUGUGAUUCGACUAGCCGAACUAUGUAUUGAGGUACUUCAACAGAAUGAGGAACACCAUUCAGAGGCCUUUGCCUGGUGGCCUGACCUAAUGGCAGAGCAUGCAGAGAUAUUUUGGUCGCUCUUUGCUGUUGACAUGGAUGCAACCCUUGAAGCUCAGCCCCCAGAUUGUUGGGACACCUUUCCACUUUUUCAACUUCUCAACAAUUAUUUAAGGAGUGAACCUCAAUUGUGCAAUGGAAAAUUUCACAAACAUUUGCAAGAAUUCUUUGUUCCACUGGUGGUACGUUAUAUUGAUCUGAUGGAAUCGGCAAUUGCUCAGUCUAUUCAUAAAAGCUUUGAACAAGAAACAUGGCAACCAGUGAAGAACCUCACCAAUAACCUCGCUAAUGUGAGCCUACCAAAAGUCCCAAGUCUGCCUCUUAAUCUUCCUCAAAUGCCUAGCUUUUCUCCACCAUCUUGGAUGGCAUCUUUAUAUGAUUCCACGAAUGGUUCUUCCACGUCCGAGGAUCUGUUCUGGAAGUUAGAUGCACUGCAGAUGUUUGUUUAUGAUCUACAUUGGCCAGAACCUGAAUUUUCCCAGCACUUGGACCAGAGACUCAAACUCAUGGCCAGUGACAUGAUUGAAGCCUGCGUGAAAAGAACAAGAGUUGCAUUUGAAGUCAAGUUACAAAAAAUGAACAAGUCAACAGAUUUGCGUGUUCCUUCUUCUGUCUGUACCAUGAUCAAUGUGCUUGUGGACGCCAAGAAACAGUCGACAAAACUGUGCAUUUUAGAAGGUGCACAAGAGUUUAGUAAGCAAUGGCAGCAGUAUCACUCAAAGAUCGAUGAUUUGAUUGAAGGAACCUUCAAAGAAAUGAUUUCCCUUCUGGUUUCAAAGUUUGUGUUCGUACUGGAAGGUGUACUAUCCAAGUUGUCAAGAUAUGACGAAGGAACUUUCUUCUCCUCAAUUCUAUCAUUCACUGUGAAAGCUGCUGCAAAGUACGUUGAUGUACCUCAACCUGGAAUGGACCUAGCAGACACCUACAUCACAUUUGUAAGGCAGAACCAGGACAUACUUCGGGACAAGGUCAAUGAGGAAAUGUAUAUAGAAAAUAUGUUUGAUCAAUGGUAUACCAGCUCAAUGAAAGUCAUCUGUGUCUGGCUGACAGACCGUUUGGAUCUGCAACUCCACCUCUACCAAUUGAAGACGCUCAUAAAAAUAGUCAAGAAAUCGUACAGGGACUUCAGGCUGCAAGGAGUUUUAGAAGGGACAUUGAACUGUAAAGCAUAUGAAACCAUCCACACCCGUUUGACAGUGGAAGAAGCUACAGCGUCGGUGUCCGAGGGUGGAGGUCUCCAAGGUAUCACUAUGAAAGAUAGCGACGAGGAGAGCGAAGAUGUGAAAUAGAACGCAAGGGAGGUAGCUGGUCGUUUGGACUCAUUUUGUUUUCCAACCAGUGUUUGUACCAUUUCUUCAGAGAACGGUGUAAAACAUCAUUCUGGUGUAAUGAGGUUCUCCAACUUUCGAGCAUAACCGUAGGGCGGGAGUGACAUGGGGAGGGUAUAAUUGUGGCUGAACUGUCCGUCUGCUCCUGAAUCAGGCCAUACCAACACACUGGGUAGGUCUCCCAACUCACACAGCAUUCGAGAGAGGGGCUGCCAGAAGUCUUGGCUUCCAACGUUUGGCGGACUGGGAGUAUUACUGGCAGGAUGGUGGAGGGAGGGAGGAUUGCAGUGGGGGAAGUGCCCGCAUGUGCCAGGGCAACGUGACACAUUCCGAUUGUUUACACAUUCCCAGCGAAGAAAUCACCACCAUACAUUGUGGACUCCUGUCGGAGUAGUGUACGAGGCUAUUAGUCAUUUGUGCUGUUUGUAGUCUUAAUUGGUGACAUGAGGCAGCAUGAUAGAAUAAACUGCCAUGUUAUUAUUGAGAUGUCAGUUGUGCCUAAUGUGCUGGGCAUCUUUGUAAAUAUAGCGAUGCCUUUAUAAUUGCAGCUUCAAUAAUACUGUGCGCUUACGGCGGUCUGGCUAAAGGGCGAUACCGCACAUUUUAUCUCAAGCUUUUAAAGAGACACGGUAGAACCAGGCGAGAGAUGAAGCAAUUGUGGGAAAUCGUCCCGUUCAGCACCCCAACUUGAGACCUAACGUUUCCUUGCAUUUUAUUUUGAAGCCUGUAUCAUUCCGGUAUCAUUGCUGAGACCGAGGGUCUGAUAUUUAGGAAAGCAUUCCCCCCUCCCACCCCCACCCCGUUGCCCUAUGUACCGUAGACAUAGAUCUGCUGAAGAUUCCAUUAAAAUCCCCACCUGUCUACGGGGAGACGAGUAAAAUGUUGCAGUAUUUCCCGAAAUAGUCACGACCAUUGUAUGUCACAUUUUUAAAACCCCGAUGGCAAGAAGUCGCGGCCAUCACUGUAAUAAACUCUCAUCUGUGUUUCCAAUUUGUAUUCUUUAACAGACUUACCUGGAACACCAGGAGAUGUAUUUCUGUGGGAAAGGACGUUUAAAAGAUCAGAUUGGGUCUUUUUAUCUUUUCUUCCCAGAGUAGUUAAUUUGUUUUUUUUUUAAAAUAUCGGAAUUCUUGAAUGAUUUAGACGCGUAGAGGAAUCUAACCUCCAUCAUCGAUGCAAUAAAUGGAUUUAAUUUGCAUUUUAUAUCGCGAUAAAUUGCAGUUUUUAUGAAUCAUCUCAUUCAUAAAGUGUGACAAGAUUUAGCGUUCAAUUUUGCAUUUCUAACCUAAGCCACGAAUAUUUGUCAGCAGUUGUAACUGUGAGAGGGAUUGCCCGCCCUCUGUGUUUAAACUGAGCAGUUCAGCGCUAUGGAAAUGAACUUUCACUAUGUUCGCCUUGGCCAGAGAUAAGGGAAGCAAUGUCAGUUUAUACCUGAUUUGGAAAUGCCGGUGAUGGACUUGUGUGUACAAAAUUAAAAAUCACACAACACCAGGUUAUAAUCCAACGGGUUUAUUUGGAAGCUUCCAUUUAAACCUGUUGGACUAUCACCUGGUGUUGUGCGAUUUUUAACUCAGUUUAUCCCAGCAUCCAGACUGAAAUGGUUAGCACUCUCAUGUUUGGAAUUGUGGUGUGAGUGGUCAUCUUCCUGUAAAUAAAGCGUGUACAACCUCAA